AUGGCAUCAAAAGAUAUCCCGGCAGAGAUGCAAUGGAACUAUCUGAUCAACCCAGACAAAAGUCCCACUGUCCAGUUUGAACAGCUAUGUCUAGGGAUUGCAAAUUUCAUAUCAAAUCUAGCAAAGUCACAUACGCGAGAUCUCACUCCCGACAAGCUCGCGGCGUUCUACAAGAAAGUUGGCGGAGACUACGAUAGUAUUUUCCUAUCGACGCCUCCUGCUUCACUUUCCUUUAUAUACCAGAAGCUGGGGUGCUUUCAUUCACUGCAACCGACUUGCGAUGCCUUUGAGCCGCCCUCCGUCCCAGCAUUGCUUCCCCAUGGGUUUGUCCGAUGGCAGACGAUCCAACUGCUAUUAUGCCCGGAAGAACAUGGCAGCCACUUGCAAGAAGCCAUAAAGAAGUUCGAUAUCAUCAAUCCAGCGACUGGCGAAGCUUUCCCGAAGGAGAUCUCUCGAUCAGUCUUCCCAACGGAACCCGACCCAGAGAUCGUACAAUGGCACGACUCCUUGAGCAAAAAGCUCGAGCACGAUUUCUGGGCAAGCAAGACUGGCAUUUUCCCUGGCCGUUCCGAUUCCCCCGAUAAGCAAUCUCAUCGGCAUCCGAACGCCAAAGACACUUUGGGGCAUAAUGCGCGCCAUGACUACUUCUCUCAAAGGCGUUCCGGCCGGGACGUUCCUGUGAGAAUGACUCCGAAUGACAGUCCUCCUCCAUUUCCUCACUCGCGCGACCACGCAGCGCAUGAUGAACCAUCGCCUCUAGCCGGGAGCCCAGAGCCAAGGCAACAAUAUUUUGAAAAGGAGCCACGCAACACCGUUAAAGAGAGCCGAUCUUCCCAGUCUUUUCGCCGUGGCCGCCUGUCUCCUCCGCGUGAAGAUAAAAGGGGCCGUUCAUGUACUCCUAGCAGGCUUCGCUGGUCCCAGAGGGCGACUGAUUCUUCCGAUUCGUCCGAUUCAUCAGAUUCCGAGGAUCUGCCUUCGCCGAUACCAAGAAUGCCCUGCCAGCACCAUUUACAUUACACUGAAGUGCCCAGCCAGCGUCGACACUCGCACGACGUCGGAGCUUCCAGCCAACGUCGAUGGAGCAAAUCACCCAACAAGCCGCGAGGGCAAAACUCCAAAGAAGACCUGCAAUCCCAUCAUUCCCCAGCGACUCAGCACGCCCGCCAAUACUACUACGCCUACGAUCCCACGAUAGAUGAAAGUGACACAGAACACGGAUCAUUCAGACCCAUGCCAUCGACAACCAAACCGCCGUCAGCUCGCCGCUCCUCUCACCAAGACCACCAUGAACGUUAUCCCAUGGAUCCACCUCCCGAGUUCGAAUACCUUUCCCGCACCACCUCCGCGCCAGUCCGCAAGCCUCUCUACCCCAACCCCAACCCCACCUCGAGUACUAUGCGACCGAAGCCAAAAGAAUACCACGUCAUCCACCCAGACUAUACCAGGUCAGAACCCACAUCUCCCGGCCCCCGCCCCAGUGGCUCUGCACGGCACAAUUCGCACUCCAGAACCCCGCCUGGUGGUAUGUACACCCGAUACUACGUCCCCAGAGCGGAACCCGAGCCUUAUCUUCAGGCAGUACCACCGCCGCAGCCAUCGCGGUCACGCCGGAGUUCGAGAACGAGGACGCCAGCGCGGAGUCGAAGCAGAGGCAACGCGGAGCGGCCGUUUACACAGCCUGGAGGUAUGAAGUACCAGUCUAUGCCAGGGCCGGGCAAGAGGUAUAGAACUGAGUGGGAAUAG